AUGGAAUCUUUGCCGGAAAGUUCUGGAGGAACAAUGAGCGGACUAGAAAACCCCAUAUCAGAGAAUGGAGAGAAGCCAUUUUCAUGUCCGGAAUGUGGAAAAUAUUUUAGUAAGAAAUCACAUCUUGUAACUCAUCAGAGAACUCACACAGGAGAGAAGCCAUUGUCAUAUCCAGAAUGUGGAAAAUAUUUUAGUAAGAAAUCACAUCUUGUAACUCAUGAGAGAACUCACACAGGAGAGAAGCCAUUUUCAUGUCCGGAAUGUGUGAAGAGUUUUAGUCAUAAAUCAAGUCUUGUGGAACAUAUAAAAACUCACACAGGAGAGAAGCCAUUUUCAUGUUCAGAAUGUGUCAAAUGUUUUAGGAAUAAAUCACAUCUCAUGGAACACAUUAAAGCUCACACAGGAGAGAAGCCAUUUUCAUGUCCGGAAUGUGUGAAGUGUUUUAGGAAUAAAUCAAAUCUUGUGGAACAUAUGAGAACUCACACAGGAGAGAAGCCAUUUUCAUGUCCAGAAUGUGUGAAGUGUUUUACACACAGAAAAAGUCUUGAAAAACAUAUGAAAACUCACACAGGAGAGAAGCCAUUUUCAUGUCCAGAAUGUGUGAAGUGUUUUACACACAAAACAAAUCUUAAAAAACAUAUGAGAACUCACACAGGAGAGAAGCCAUUUUCAUGUCCAAAAUGUGUAAAGAGUUUUAGUCAAAAAUCUAAUCUUGAAAAACAUAUAAAAACUCACACAGGAGAGAAGCCAUUUUCAUGUCCGGAAUGUGUGAAGUGUUUAACAAACAAACGAAAUCUUGUGCAACAUAUGAGAACUCACACAGGAGAGAAGCCUUUUUCAUGUCCAGAAUGUGUAAAGAGUUUUAGUCAAAAAUCAAAUCUUGAAAAACAUAAGAGAACUCACACAGGAGAGAAGCCAUUUUCAUGUCCAGAAUGUAUGAAGAGUUUUACACAGAAAACAACUCUUUUACAUCAUAUGAAAACUCACACAGGAGAGAAGCCAUUUUCAUGUUUAGAAUGUGGAAAAUCAUGUACUGAAGAAACAACUCUUGUGGGACACCAGAAACAAUUUUCAUGUCCUGAAUGUGCAAAAUGUUUUACUAAUAAAACAAAUCAGAAGGACAUCUGAGAAGUCACACAGGAGAGAAGCCAUUGUCAUAUAUAGUAUGUGGCUAAUGUGUUAACCAAAUAUCAAAUCUGUGGAUCAUCUAAGAACUCAGACAAAGGAGAAGUUAUUUUCAUGUUUAGAAUGUGUAAAAUAUUUUUGUCUGAAAUAAAAUCUUGU